AUGUCGGAUCCCGGUAUGGAUGCUGCUAGCAAAGCCAACGGCACCUUUGGUGCGGUUGUCGUAACGUCCACCCCCACGUCUGUACACCUUUUGGACACAGAGCAAAAGGCCAAACCGUCGGUUAAUAGCUGUACAUUGUGUAAUAAGCCGGAUGACGAUCAUAUGGUGCAGUGCGAUACAUGUGAUGUGUGGAAUCAUUUCUCAUGUGCGGGUAAUUCUGAGAACGUCGAGGAUUGCAGCUGGAUAUGCUUGAAAUGCGCUACCGUGAAAGCAAAGAAAGGCACAAAGUCUCGACGAAAGAACACCUCGAAGCAGAAAUUGACAAAAACAUCACGGAAAACAACAGUUCGGGCAACAACUGCAAAGACGGCGAAGAAGGUAACCUCUAAGGCGGAGCGGAAAAGUAAUGUUGGUGGUGCGGAUGCGAAAGGCGACAAUGUUCCAGUCGUAGAAACCAUAAGCAAAGUUUUGGAGAAGCCGACGAAAAGUCAGACGUUGAGUAGAGCGGGCUCAGUGACAUCAGCAGCGUCGCGAAAAUCCAUCAAAGCACGUUUGGAUGUGGAACUGCGGAAGAUUAAAGCCGAGGAAAUGUUGAUGCAAAAAGAGAUGCGGCUUAUGAGAGAGUUUUCGAAGAAGAAGUUUGAUAUUUUGAAGGAGAUGGCUGAUUUGGACAAUAGCGACGAAUCCGUAGGGGACCAUCAACAUGAAAAGAGCAAUAAAAACAAAGUGCAGGAUUGGCUAAAGCACUCUUCGAAGAAGAAAGCGGAAACUGAUGGCAUCAGUGACAGAGAGACGUCUGAAAGUGGCAGUGAUUCGGAUUGCGAUACGGAAGUUUCAUCUUGUCUACAAGCUGAUCAUGCAGAUGGCGAAGAAGUUCAAUCUGAUGAAGAAGAAUAUGGGAUUAGUGCACGAUCAGUGUCAAAGCGGCGACAAGCGUUAUGCAGCAACAAGCGACUUUCUAAAAGUGAGGUAGCUGCACGUCAAGUUGUUCCUCGUGAGCUACCCAAGUUCAACGGCAAUCCAGAGGAAUGGCCAAUGUUCCUAUCAACGUACGAAGAUACCACGGCUAUGUGUGGGUACACAGCAGCCGAGAACAUGAUUCGUUUGAGAAACUGCUUGAAAGGAGAUGCGUUUAAUGAAGUUCGUAGUUUCUUAAUGCGGCCAGAAACUGUAGGAAAAGCGAUCAGUGCGCUGAAGUUGCGAUUUGGUAGACCGGAAACGAUUAUCGAGUAUUUGAAGGAGAAGAUUAUUGCGAUAUCACCCAUCAAAUCGGAUGCGAUGGAAAAGCUGGUUGACUACGCCUUGGAGGUGCAAAACCUUUGUGCCAUAAUACAAACUUGUGGCGGAAAGGAGCAUAUGUGUGAUACGACUCUGUUAAGGGAACUUAUCAAGAAGCUACCAUCGCAAAUUAAACUGGAUUGGGCGCGCUACAAAAGGACUAAAACGAAGGUGACACUGUCCACAUUCAGUCGUUGGAUAUACAUCCUAGCAGAAGAUGUGAACGUGGUUUUCGAACCUCAGUGUCGAUCUAGCAGGACUCAGGAGUCUCGAGAAAUCCGGAAAAAGCGAUACGUCAACACUCUCGCCGAAGUUCCUACCGAGGAUGGCAAAGAUAUGAACCAAUCCAUUCAUGCUACUCAAAGCAGUCCGCCGGGAACCGAAGGAAAUAAACCCUGUCCAGCAUGCAGAGGGGAUUGCAAAUAUCUGGGGAAGGUCAAAACGUUUCCUGGAGCUGUCAUACGAAGCAAGAGGGGCAACAAUUUGCUUGAAACAUCUGCAUCGACUAGUGUUUCUAAUCAGAACGAAGAACGCAAUGUUAAUACACACCAGUCCAGUACAGGCCCCGGUUCCUUCCGUUACCUACCAGUAACACUAUUUGGAAAGGGGGUGCAGAUGAAGUGCCACGCAUUCUCAGAUGACGGAUCAGAGUUGACGCUCAUCGAUCAGCAACUUGCCGAAGAUCUGAAACUGUCUGGGAAGGCUCAUCCACUCUGUCUUAAGUGGACUGCAGGUACUCAUCGUUACGAAUCUGGUUCACACCGUGUCAACGUUGAAAUAAGCGGACAGGAAGGAAAGCGAACGUUACUAAAAGAUGUAAUAACAGUCGAGGAAUUGCAGCUACCUUUCCAGUCGUUGGAUAUGACUCAACUAACGGAGAAACACGGCUAUCUACGUGGAGUACCUGUGGAAUCUUAUUCCAAUGUUCGGCCGCGAACACUAAUCGGUUUGAAGCACGCCAAUAUCAUGCUCGUUCGAAAAAGUCGUGAAGGCAGGAUGGGUGAACCUAUUGCUGUAAAAACGAACCUUGGUUGGACCGUAUACGGUGGUUGGACAUCAAAGAACUCCAUCAAUAUCAGUCAUACUUACCACGUCUGUAGCUGUAACCAACAAAGUGUUAUACAUCUAAACCAGAUGGUUAAAGAUUACUUUUCCCUUGAAAAUUCGGUGGUCAUAGAGACGCAAUUUGAACGACUGUCGAAGGAGGACAAACUAGCCAUGUCUCUACUAGAAUCCCGCACACACUUCAAUGAAGAACGUUAUGUAACGGGGCUGCUGUGGCGUUCUGAUAAAGUUCGAUUACCAGAUAACAAAACAAAUGCUAUUCGGCGCUGGGGAUGCUUGGAGAAACGCCUGGAAAAGGAUAAAGAGUUGUCAGAAAUAUUGGACGAAAAAAUCAAGGACUACCAAUCCAAAAACUACGUCCGUAAACUUUCCACAGAGGAACUCUCACAAAAGUACGAACGGGUAUGGUAUCUGCCCAUUUUUCCGGUAUACAACCCAAACAAGCCUGGCAAAAUCAGGAUCGUGUGGGAUGCUGCUGCAUCAGUAUAUGGAACAUCGCUAAAUUCGACACUCCUCACUGGUCCAGAUCAGUUAGCGUCGUUGGUGGGUAUCCUGUAUCAGUUUCGCGAGCAUCGAAUUGGUCUCUGUGCCGAUAUAUGCGAGAUGUUCCACCAGGUGGGGAUCAUCGCCGAGGACCAGCAGUGUCAGCGCUUUCUUUGGCGCAAUAGUGAAGAACAUGGUAAACCAAGCACUUACGUCAUGCAGGUUAUGACCUUCGGGGCGAGCUGCUCCCCGGCCACAGCGCAAUUUGUGAAGAACAAAAAUGCAGAUAGGUUCGAAGGUGAAUACCCGGAAGCAGUGACGGUCAUUAAGGAAGGACACUAUGUGGAUGAUAGGGUCGUAAACGUCGAAACAGAGCAGGAAGCAGUUGCGCUGGCUGAAUCAGUUCACUUUAUCCACAAGCAGGGUGGAUUCGAAAUUCGCAAUUGGGUUUCCAACUCACCGCUGGUAUUAGCCAGAAUGCACGAACAGCAAUCAAGGGAAAAGGAUCUGAACAUAUGCGCUGAACUGUCGAACCAGAAAAUCCUCGGAAUGUGGUGGGAUACGCAGGAUGAUGUAUUCAAAUAUAAGAUCUCCUGGACGAGAUUCGAGCCAGCCUUGCUUGAUGGAAGUCGCUGCCCUACUAAACGGGAGAUACUUCGGACGUUGAUGACCAUUUACGAUCCUCUAGGUCUCAUUGAUCAUUUCUUGAUCCUGCUAAAAAUCUUGUUUCAGGAGGUGUGGCGUGCUAAUGUGGAAUGGGAUGCAGCUAUCCCCACGAAUCUGUACGAGAGAUGGCGUGACUGGCUGCGUCUGCUGCCAGAGUUGGAGAAGCUGCGUAUCCCGAGAUGUUACCGGCAGUUUACAAAGUCGACAGAAGCUGAUGCAAUUCAAUUGCACAUUUUUGUUGAUGCCAGCGAAAGUUCCAUGGCAGCGGUAGUGUUUUUGCGAUUUUCGAAUAAUGAUCAGAUUGAGUGUUCUUUGGUUGCAGCCAAGACACGGGUGGCGCCGUUAAAAUACACAUCCAUUCCACGUUUGGAACUGCAGGCUGCGGUUCUUGGAUGCCGACUGGCAGCUAACGUUACAAGAAGCCUCAAAAUGAAGAUCUUCAAAAGAACGUUCUGGACAGACUCGCGAAAUGUUCUUUGUUGGUUGCGAACCGAUCACAAACGGUAUAGUGCCUUCGUCGGAACGAGAGUCAGCGAAAUUUUGGAGUCUACGGAUAUCGUCGAAUGA